AUCUUCAAGUUUGUUGAGCCGUCUGCUGGUGGAGGUGGAGGUGAUAGGUUUUGUGGUGUAGGUAACCGCUAUUGCAUAGAAAAAAAAACAGUAUUUAUUGUGAAUCAAAAUGUCAACUGCAAAAGUACAAGAUAUGCCUCCCCCAGGAGGCUAUCAGUCAAUAAAGUUCGCAAGGAUACCUGCCAAGACAUAUUUUAGCGGUUCGACUAUGAUACUAGGAUACUUUGGAAUAACCGCUGCUGGAUUGUAUGCAUACUACUUGAACUAUCGUCUUAUUCGUCGUGAGGAGAUCGAGAUGAGAAGUGGACGACUUGCCGUUUUUCCAAUGUUGCUUGCCGAGAGGGACAGAGAAUACUUGAAACAACUCCAACGUAACAGAGAUGAAGAAGCUAGUCUCAUGUCUAAAGUAGAAGGCUGGGAAGUUGGUACAUACUAUGGAGAGCCGGUAUAUAAAACUCUUCCAAAAGACACUUUAGUGGACCCAAUGUACCAAGAAUAUUAUGCUCAUUCCUCAUAUGGAGAUGCAGUUCGACGUUACAAUCUGAAGAAUUGGUCAUAAAUGUAUUAAGAAGAUACAUUUUAAAUUAGUACUUGUACAUGUACAUGUUGUGGCAGUGUAAAUAUAUAAUAAAUGUGUAACUUCUUUUAUUGGAA